CUUUCUUCCCUCCCCCCAUCUGCAUCCGCCACUCCAAGUCUUCUGAAUCACCGCUAUUCUUACUUCUGAUAUCUGAAACGAACAUACAAGUUACGACAAGUUAAUACCCGUGCAACUACAAUACUCUAUCGAUAUAAUCGUGCAAAUCAGGACCAUAAUGUCGGUGUCUUUGUCUGGACAAUCAUCAUCGAAGGAGGCGUUACGGCAGUUUAAGGAUCCUGUUCAUACAUAUUUUACAUUCUCCAAACGAGUCUGCAGAAUUAUCGACACGUGCGUCUUUGUAUCCGCAGUCAGACGCGUUCAAAAACGCGUUUGUCUGUCUUUCAAUGAUCCUUACCGACGAAACAUCAUUCCCUCUUAUACCUCUAGUCCCCACUUCCAACGGCUCCGCAAAGUGAAGCAACUCGGCACCACUUAUCACGUUUGGCCGAACGCGUCUCAUAAUCGGUUCGAGCAUUGCUUGGGCGUCGGCUAUCUUGCUGGUCAACUAGCCACUCAACUCAGAAUGGCUCAACCCCACUUGGCUAUCACCGACCGUGAUGUGGAAUGUUUACAGAUCGCCGGCUUGUGUCACGACCUUGGACAUGGCCCUUGGUCUCACGUUUUCGAUGGCAUGUUCAUGCCAAAAGCCAUGCCUGGGACGAAUUGGCAACAUGAACAAGGAUCCGAAUUAAUGUUUAACGACAUGAUUUCCUCUCGCAAGAUACCACUUUCCAAGAAGGAUUGUUCUUUCGUCAAGGCCCUUAUCGCUGGUGACCCAAAUCAAUGUGAUGCAGAUGAGAAACGUUUCUUGUUUGACAUUGUUGCUAAUAAGCGCAAUGGGUUGGAUGUCGACAAGUUCGACUACAUUGUUCGCGACUCGUUAAUGGUUGGACAUAAGGUUAAUCUCGAUAUCCAGCGGAUCGUCGGCUCCGCCAGGGUCAUUAAGGAUCAGAUCUGUUACGAUUGUAAGGAUCUGAACAACAUCUACAAGAUUGGAGAAAACCGGUUUGAGCUCCACAAAAUGGUCUAUAACCAUAAGACGGCCAAAGCCAUAGAGUACAUGAUUAUCGAUGCUCUUCACCUUGCAGAUCCAUACAUGGGCAUCUCGAAGGCUGUCUUCAACCCCAAACAGUAUCUCAACUUGACAGAUUCCAUCAUGGACAGGAUAGAGGCUUCCGACGACGAGCGCCUGGCCCCCGCGAAGGCAAUCUUUGAGCGAAUCCAUGACCGGGACCUAUACCGCCUGACGGACUUCAAGUGUUUUCCAUGGAAGGUCGAAAACAAGAAGUAUAUCCAGGAGCAUAUCACACCACGUGCCAUUGUCGAGACUGCUGGACUGCUUUACGGUGGAGAUGUCUCGGGGUUAAGGGAAGAAGACGUGAUUGUUGACCUUACAACCAUGCAUUAUGGUAUGAAGGAUGCCAAUCCGUUGAAGAACGUUCGCUUCUAUAACAAGGCCAAUCCCAACGUUUCCUUCCGUGCGAGAGACGGGGAUUAUUCGACCCUUCGACCUUCUGUGUUCGCCGAACACAAGCUCCAGAUAUAUUCCAAACAGUCCAAGUACUGCGGUGUUGUUCAGAAGGCGUACCGUCACUUUUGUGAAAAGGACGAUCAACUCCGCAAGAUCCUCAUGACGGAAGAAGACCCCUCUAGUGACCUUUCAUCCGACGAAGGGGAUGAUCCGGACGACAUCACUCGUGCGCCUUCUCUCGCGCCGACUGAAAUCGAACGUACUGAUCCUCCACCCACGAAGAAGCGGUCUUUCGGUAGGGUGUGGUCCAAAUCGAUGACUUCCCUGGAUCCUUUUCCAUCAUCGGCGACGGAUGAGAAGGCUACGGAAGAAGGGUUUUCGCCGCCGCCGUUUAGCGCGAAGCAUGUGUUGGAUUCGGAAGAUGAGGAGGAGCUGGAGUUGGCGUCCCCUGGCCCUGCGGAGAAGAGGAUCAAGUUGGUGUAGAGUGUUUCCCCAGAUUGUUCUUCGUUGAUCGAAGAACUCUGUGUCUGGACUUCUUUUCUUUUCUGCUUUGUUUCUGCUGUGCAUUUAUUCAUUUGUACUUACCAUCAUUCAUGGUUCAUACGUCGCUCUCUGUUGCUCUCGAAUAUUUUUUUGCUUGUAUAUCACUGUAUCGAUAACUAUACAUACUCUCGACUGCCGCAACGGCGAUAAAUUUUAAUGCUAUGACUCAUGUUUAUUUUGUAUCGUCGGAGGGUUUAACGUCUAACCUUCAAC